AGCAGCCUGACGUGCUUUAUAAAGAAAAGUUGGCUUCCAAGGAACAAGAACGCACAUUUCCUACGUUAGCGAGAUCAAACAGCAAGCAAGUGACCAGCAAGCUCUAACUACCAACCAAACAAGUCAUGGACAAAGUACAUAUCGUUCUUCUGCUGGUCUCCUCCAAUGUCUAUCUGGCUUUGGCCCAGUUUAACCCAAACCAACAACAGUUUGGAUCUCCACAGUUUGAUGAUUCACCACCCUUUUCUCCUUUCGGACCGGGCACUGGUAGCCCUAUGUUUCCAGGUUCCCAGCCUGGAUUCGGUUCUCCUUUCGGCGGUCAAGGAUAUAAUCCACUUUUUGGCGGACAAAGAUUCCCACAAGUGCCCUUCCAACCACCUCAAGUCUUGACAUGCAUUGGAGUCAACGAAGCUCUGGAUCAAGUCAAGAUUACACUCAGGCCUGAACCAAAUGGCAACUACCUGGGUCAGAACCCAGCCUUCCAAUUCGGUCAGCCCAGAGAGCUGCAGCGCCAGGACUGGAGAUUAAGUGCCGUCUACAUUCCUGCCGGAAGUACUGGAGCCGUCAGCCCUGCUGGAACUAGCUCGCUCAUUGGUCAAUUUUUCUUGGCCAUUACCCGCUACGGACGUACUGAUGGUCACUGUGCCGGACUAGGAGGCAUCUUGCAAAAUGACGAUCUGAUCAACCAAGGGCAACAAUCUAGAACACCUCAAUACUCCCAGUUUGGUAAUGGUAUGUUUGGACAGAGUUCUUUCCCAGCUGGUUUUAUCCAAGAUCCUAUUGUCAUUAGUCAAGGUGGCAAUGUGUAUUCUGGUGUCAUUAGAAGUCUAUCAGAAGCUGAUCUGAGAGGACGAGGAGUUGCUAUCUGUCUGGACUACUUGUGCCAGCGUCCAACCACCACUUGCUGUUCCAUUGUCAAAGAUUCAGCCCCAGCCACAGAGAUGGUUGGUGCCCCAACUUAUGUUGGUCCAAUGUCUGGAAGUUUAAUUAACAAUAAAGGAACAACCUCCACAGGCACAGGUACAGGCACUGGCACGGGCAUUGCUUCCAGCACCGGAACCGGAGGCUUUGGUGGAUUGUUUUAACUUUAGAUUUACGUAACAGCAGCAGCCUCAAGGUAAAGACAAGACAAUAGUUUGGUGUUCCACAACCUCAACCACAAGCAAAUCAUUGACUCACAACAAGUGUAACUUCGGCGUUCGUGUCAUUCUGUCAACAACCAAAUAAAAUACAAUUACAACAUUUA